AAUUUAUCAUCCACUGCUUGGGAACCAAAAACUCCUCAAAACUUCAUCUUCCACAUUGAAGCCAACACUGAACUGCGAAAGCCAUGGCGACUUCUAUGGCUGCUCUAACCUCAUCCUUGGCUUCUCUCUCAUUUUCCUCUCAAAUUUCCCAUAAAUCCCAUGUCUCACCUCUCUCCUUUACCCCUAAAAAACCCAUUUCAUUCGCCCUAAAACCCCGACUGCCCGUAAUUGCAGCUGUGGCCGCCGCCCCAUCGCCGGUUGAGGUCGAAACCGCCGACAUUAAAUCAUAUGUGAAAUCGAGACUCCCGGGAGGUUUUGCAGCUCAGACUAUAUUCGGAACCGGUCGCCGGAAAGCCGCCAUUGCCCGUGUUGUCCUCAAAGAGGGUACCGGUAAAAUUAUCAUUAACUACCGCGAGGCUCAGGAGUAUCUUCAAGGGAAUCCACUGUGGCUCCAGUACGUGAAAACUCCUUUGGCAACUUUAGGGUAUGAGACCAGCUAUGAUGUAUUUGUGAAAGCACAUGGUGGUGGACUAUCAGGACAGGCUCAAGCAAUAUCGCUUGGUGUUGCUCGCGCCUUGCUGAAAGUGAGUGCAAGCCACAGAAAACCACUGAAGGUAGAAGGGUUGCUGACUAGAGAUGCCAGAGUUGUCGAAAGGAAGAAGCCUGGUCUCAAAAAAGCACGAAAAGCACCUCAAUUCUCCAAGCGUUGAGGAUUUGCUCUGCAAAGUUCUGGUUGCAGUGGACUUCCUGCGCCGGUAAAUGAAGAUAUCAAGAUGAAGUUUGGAGCUGUGUUUUGUAGCAAUUGUAUAAAUCUUCCAUUUUGCUUCCUAGUUAUGUAACUGCAAGUCUGUAACCCUGUAACAUUCUGAAAAGGAUUUUGGCCAAUACAUUUAGUAGAAGCAAAGCAAUUUGGAUUACUACGCAUAAGUUUUUGUAAAAUGCUUAGAAGAUUGAGCCUUGAAAUGAACAAGUUUGAUAAUCCGCUCUUCAUUUAUCCAAAUCCGUC